UUUUUGACCAGAUUGCGUUUUUUUUUUUUUUGGGAUUAACUGUUAUUCACUUUAAAAGGCGGGAGAGGGAGAGAGUUGGGAUCUGUUUGGCUUUUCGAUCGUAGACUGUAUACUUCGUCUUCAACCACUGAAAGUUCUCUUGAAGUAAUCGAAGCUCCAUUCAACUUGAGAUGGACAAUGAUAGUGAUUUCACCUUCUGUAAGGUUGGCCCACCAGUUGAACCAGAUGGUCUCGAGACAAGGGUGCUUGCAGCAGAUAUAAACAACAUCAGCAUUAAAGAUGAAUUAUCAACUGUUGGUGCAAGUGCUAGUGGUCAAAAUGGUGGUUUGCUGUGGAAAAGCAAUUUGCCAAACACUACGGUACUCAAAAAGGAAGAUACAGUUGGUUCUUUAACUUUUAAUGUUAUUGAUACAUCGUCUCCCAAACAAGCAAGUCAACCAUCAAAACGACCAGUUUCGGGAGAUGUUGGGAAGAUAAAGAAGCCUGCACCUCGUGCCAAGGUUCCUUUUGAGAAGGGGUAUAGCCAGGUGGACUGGCUUAGGCUUACUCAAACACAUCCUGAUCUUGCAGAUUUAAAGGGGCAAUCAAAUAAGAGGCUUAUUUCUAUGAAGGAAGUUAAACAACACCAAACAGAAGGUUCAAUGUGGACUGUUCUUAAAGGCCGGGUAUAUAAUUUGUCUCCCUACAUGAGAUUUCACCCUGGAGGUGUCGAUAUGUUAAAGAAGGCCGUGGGGAAAGACUGUACAGCUUUGUUCAAUAAAUACCAUGCUUGGGUAAAUGCUGAGUUCUUAAUGGAGAAGUGCCUUGUUGGUAUUUUAGAUGAGAGUGAAGGGUAGCAACCAAUGCUGGGAUAAUAAGAAGCGGUUUUCAGCUCAUUAAUUAGGAAAAAACCAAUAAUAAAGCAUGUUAGCUCUCAAAGUAAAACCCAAUUUUUACUCAACUUAUACUCUAGUAGUGCUAGUGCUACUAUUUACACUUUAAACCAUUCAAGUGGCAUAUCUAUUGGUUAUUGUUGUACAUUUCACAUUACAAUAUCAUUGUUUACUAAUUGUAUACAAUUUUAUUGGUAUCAGUGUAUCAGAUUAUAAUUGCACAUUACA